GUAGCCGUCGAUCGCAACGCGCGUGCGCAGGCGGGAGCUGCGGUUCGGAAGGUGAACGAGGAAGGACAGCGCAGGAUACUUGCGUGUGCGAGGAGGACCUUGCGGUUCCAGAGCUUUCUGUGAGACGAGAAAACAUCACCAUGUCUGCUGCUUUGCUGCCCAAGCCCCAGAUGAGAGGCCUCCUGGCCAGUCGUCUAAGAAAACACAUUGUAGUGGCUUUCCUUUUUUCGAUGGGAUGUGCAGCUGGAUACAAGUUUGGUGUGGCUGAACCAAGGAAAAGAGCAUAUGCUGAGUUCUAUAAAAACUAUGAUGCCAUGAAGGAGUUUGAGGCCAUGAGAAAAGCUGGGGUGUUUGAAAGUGCACCACCCAAAUGAUCAUGAACUCUCCUCUCCGGAUAUCUGACAACUGAACAUCACUGUUUCAGUGAACUAUUCCUUGUGAUCCACUUUGGUGUUGAUCAUGCUGUAACGUUGAUCAUUAAAUUAAGUACUUCAGUUAA